GUAGCAGCAAUCAAACGUAACGGGGGUAACAAACAAACAAAAAGUGUUGCAGGUGUCAAGAAACUUAAAUACAUGAUGACGGAUCAUAAACAGAGUUUUGACUUUAUUUAACUUUGUGACUAAAAAGUGAGAUGUCUUCAAGUGCUAGAAAAUCACCGCGAAUCGAAGAUUUAAUUUCUACAGAAGAUGAUACUUUGGGAUCCUCCAUAAGCCUGAGUGUUGGAGAGAACUCAAUACGCAUUAAAGAAAAACCUAAACCUAUCAAGGAAACUGAACAAUUUUUAAUUGACAGAAAGAAUUUGCAAGAUAAAUGGUGGUUGAAGAGGCCUGAAAUACAUCCAGAGAUUUUAAGUGCCAAAAAUACAGAUACGAAGAUGAAGCUGUCUCCUACUUUUACAUCGGACGUGAGCUCUUCUAUGAAAGAGUUUCUCGAGAAGGAAAAAAUGUGCAAAGCGAUAUCUAAAAGCGAAGGAGAAGUAAAAGACAAAGAUGACACUCUAUGUGACAUACUUGCAUCUGCAGCUUUUGAUAAAUAUCCAUCAGAUUUUGAAAAUGCCACUGAUGAAGAUAUUGGCAGUAUAUUGGAAGAAAUGAGCAAAAUUGCUGGUGCUUUAAGUCCUAAUUCAGGUGCUGAAGGAAUGAAAUCUGGUGGUUCCAGCAGGAAUCCCACCGAAGAAGAGAAGUCUGUAGAAGAAUUGUUAGAAGAAGCCGAGAAACUAGUAAGGAAAAACAGUAAUACUCUAUCAAAAAGUACAUCCAAAUCUGACACUCUAGUGCCGGAAAAUAAUCAGAACGAAAGCCUGAAUAGAGUGAGACAGUUGGAGGCUGACAUUUUCCAAUUAAUAGAGGCAGAAGUGCACAAAGAAACAGAAAAAAUAAAGAGAAGUCCAAAAAACGAGAAGAAACGGGAAAGCAGUCCUGAAAUUAUUUAUGAGAACUUAAGUAGUUUGAAGCCGCCAAAAACGCUGGAACUCCAAAGGAAAAAGUUUGAGGAACAGAAAGUUGAAAUAUCGAGUAGUUCCGAUUUGGACGAUCCGAUCGAGAGACAUUCCAAGUCCGAGGAAUUAAAGAGCGUAAAGAGAAUGGAAAUGGAUAAGGAGAAUUUGCAAAAGGAAAUCACGGACGUGGACAAAGAUUUUUUUGAGGGUUUGCUGAGGAGAUCCAAGGAGAAGGCGGAGGGUGGAAUGUCCGGGAGUUCCAGUUUUGGGCAGGAGGAUUUCUCGCACUUUUUGAAACUGCUUCAAGGACAAAGCGUGGACAAAAAGGAGCCAGAAUCAAAAGAAUCUAACAUGAUGUAUGAUUUCUUUUUGAAAUCCACCAACGGCGAAAUGUUAUCGGCUGCGCAGGGUCAAUUAGCGAGUGGCAAGACCCCAGAAUUCCCGGAAAAGGAAUUUUCCGAAAUAUUAGAAAAGGAAUUAUCGACUGCCAGUGAUGAUCACGAAAUUAAAGAGAGUGAUUCUAGCGCGAGUGAAGGACAACCUAAAUUUAAACGAGAACCUAAUCUCCCGUCAGCUGGUCCAAUCUUAAAAAAUGUCAGCAAUGAAUCCAAAAAAUCUGUAUCAAAAGAUGUAGAGAGUAAUAAAAAUAUAACCGAGGACAAUAAGAAAACGGAGGCUGAAUUGUACACAGUGGGAUUAACGCCGAGGUUGGAAUUAUUCGCGGAUGCAAUACCUAAACUUAUGGCCGAAAAGUUGAGUGAAAGUGUCGUGAAGGAAAACGCGGAGAACGCAGAUACGGCGCACAAAGAGUCUCCGUGUUCAGAAGUGAAGCUUGAAGCGAAGUUGGACAAUUUACACUCGGCUAAAAGCCUGAAGACUUCUCAAACGAAUAAUCAAGAAGCGUCUGGUUAUGAUGUAUUGGACAAACCGGCAGAAGCGCCUAAAACCGAUCGUGUUGUUAGUGCGCCAAACAACAAACAAUUGAAAAAAGAGAUAAGAUUUUGCAAGUCUAAGAGUUACGAUCAAAUAUGCCAGCCUCCGUUGAAAGCCUCCCUCGAAAAUGUCAGAAUCAACAAAGCAUUGGAUGUCUUCAAGAAACCUAUGAACUCGGGCUUCAGAAAACCAUCGAUGGUAAAACCGAAAGCGCAGCCAUCCCGACCGAUUCCCAAAGCCGCGCCGAAGCCUAAUGCAUUGCCGAAAUCAAGACUGGACCCCGUCAAAACUGGUUCCACAUCCAGCUUGCCAGCUGCAUGCACGAAAGGAUCUCAGUUGAAGUCGCCCGACAGUUACAGGAAGAAUUUAAUGGCCGGCGGGGACUCAAAGCAGAAUACAGUAAAGCGUGAUUGGGAGAUGAUGUGUCGCGAGGAAAGACACAAGAAUGCGCUCUUGAAGCAACAGUUGGAAGCCGAGGCAAAGCUGUACAGGAGUCAAAUCGACGACAUGCGCGCGUCCUUCGAGGGAGAAUUGUUCGCCCUGAAGAAGCAGAAUAUAAUUUUAAAGGCGAGAGUCGACGAGCUGUCUUUAAAUGAGAGGCGCGUAGAAAUUCCCGCCAAAAACGACAUGAAGGUUGCUCUUUUAGAGCAGGAACUGGAGAAGCAAGAAAACUUGAUUCGCGCUUACGAGACUGAAAACAAGAAGCUGAUGCAAGACACAAAACGCAUGCAGGAGGAACUGAAGACUAUACAAUCUAAGCAAAAGAGCACAGUGUCGGAGGCGAAUGAUAUGCAACGGCUCGCCGAUCGCGUGAAGGAUCUUCAGGAAGAGACGCUGAAGCUGAACCUCGAAGUAUCAGAGCUGAGAGAAAAGAAUGCCGAUUGUCUGCUGAAAAACGACGACCUGACGCAACAGAACAGCUUGCUCACGGACGAAUUGGAGAUGUUCAAGGAUCAGCUGAGGGCAAAGAAUAACUUUAUCACGGAUCGAUUGCACGCGAUGACCACCGCGGAGCUCGAUUUGAAGAAGCAGAUAGAGGAUCUGUCUAUUAAGUUGAGCUCGAAGAUGGAGCACUUGCGAAUGACAAAGCAGGACCUGGAUAAGCUUCAGCAGAACAUGCUGCCGUUGGAGAAAGAAUUGUUAGCGCUCAGAGUCAAGGAAGAAAACCUCUUGGAGAAACUGCAGGUAAGCAAGAGCCACACCGAGCGUGAAAAGCUACUGACUCAGAAGCUGAAGGAUCAAGUUAUCCUGGACAAUAAGAAAAUCCUGGAUCUGAACAGACAGGUGCGCGAGCUUGAGCGCAUAUUGAAGAGGAAGAACCCAGAUUCCGUUUCGGCUCUCAUAUUAACCGCCAACUCGGAGCACGAGAAGAUCGGCACCGAGAAGGUGAAGCUUCUGGAGGAGAGAAUAGCGAGCCUCGAGAAGGAGAUCAAAGCCAAAGAGGACAUCGCGCAGCAGGAUCUGAUCGAGCUGCAGAAGAAAUUCUCCGACAUGAGGGAGAAGUACGCAGCGCGCGUGGCGGAGCUGGAAACGAAAUUGACGGAAGCGACCGCAAAAGAACGUAAGCUAUACAGCGACAUGUUUACGCAGACGACGGUGAAGUACGUCGAGAGCAAAGGUGUGGAGACUAAUAAAAGGGACGACAAGGCGUUCGCCGUGGAAGAUAAGAAGGAUCCGAAAGCGGCGAAGGCCGGCCCAAAGUCUCAGAAUUCGAAGGAAGACGCGCAUCUCAUCGCCACUAUACGUGGUCUGAAGCUGGAAAUCACGAACAAGGACAAAGCAAUCUCGAAAAUAACCAAGGAGUUCCAGGAGCUCCAGAAGACGAACAGGAGACUGCAGAAGGAGCGGGAGAAGCUGCUGAACGAUCGCAGGAGCUUCCGGAGCAUGGACUUCGACAGGGCGUUCCGGGGAGCGAGGAACGGCGAGGGGAACGAUCAGAACUCGAACGUCUAUCAAAAUGGGCACAUUGCCGACUCGCAGCGGUUGUCCUCGUCGACGCCGAAGUUGUACGAUCCGCUGCAGUUCACGGAGAACGGCAAGAACGGAGCCAUUAAGAAACUUACCAACGAGAACGACAUCCUGAAAGAGGAGCUGAGCAAGAUCAACAAGGAUUUCAUGGCGCUGAAGAGCAAGAGGUUGCACGACUUGAAUCUCUUGCAGGAGGAACACGAGCGGGAGAUUGCCACGCUCGUGAAAGAGUACAGCGUCAAGUUCGGAGAUUCUAAAGUGGUAAAGUUGCAGGGGCAGAUUAAUACUCAGGGAGCAGUCAUAUCACACUUGAAGGAGCAGAUCGAGAAGUUUAGGGACUACAAGGAGCAGGUGAUCGUGCUGAAGGCCGAGAGAGAUCACUUGGAGCACAAAGUGAAGACGCUGAGCGAGAGUAAAUACUUAUCGACGCCGGGAACGGAACAGUUGCAGUUACUGCAGGACAAAAUCACAAUCCUGCAGCAACGGCACGAGAGCAGGGAGAUGACUCUGCAAACGUUGGUCCGCGACUUGCUGAGGAAUCGCACGCAGUGCAGGGACUGCAAGAACGAGAAGGGCAAAAAUCGGCAGCUCUGCUACUUCCGGCAGGAGCUCGACCAUAUUCUAGGAAUGCUGCAGGAGAUCGCUAACGUCGAUUGAUAUCGCUGAAUCGCGAGCUCGCCUCUAAAUAACCGAGUUGCGCGUCUGAUGGUUCGUUAUCGAAUCUUGUGAUAACUUUUACAGAAGUAAAUACUUAUCAGCGCCGGUAGUUGAAAAGCGAUCAUAACUUUUAAAGCGUCGCGCACUCGCGAUGUAACUUAAAUAAUUUGAAAGAGGCAUUAGGUACUUUAGGUAUCGAAGUAUAGGUGCGUAAAAGUGCGUUUGUCCGCGAAAUGCUCAGCCAAAAUGUGUAGUCGAAACUUCCGUCGACUCUUCCAGAAUUGGCGAAGAAUGUUAUUAUUAUAACGCAACACUUUUUUCUUGCGUCCGUGACACCGUUCGUUCCGCGAGCUCGUCUGUCGCAGCAUCGACUUCGCGAACGUCUCGGUGGACUCGGAUCACUGCCAAAGAAAGAAACACGAUGACGAACGAACGUAUGAUUGAAUUAAUUUUUUUCCGAUCUCUCUUCGUCGCCGAUUUUCUUGCCAGACGCGUGCAAUGUCUUGGAGCACUGCCCGCUAUUAGCGUAAUUAUUUUAUUGGAUUAAGAAUCAACUUUUUAAAGAAUAACGAAUGUGGAGUGUUCGAAAUGUAUUUUUUUAUUUAUUUAUUUAUUUAUGAUUCUCGCAAUUAAAUUGCACAGCUGCUUGCAGCUUUUUUCCUAUUCGAUGUUGUCGCAGCUCGUUUCGUUUUUUUGUAUAACUGCAUAGCACGAUAACUUUGAAGAGGGGAGGGAAAGAAAGUAGGCGGAUAGAAGUAUCUUUAUAAGAAUUUCUUCCAAAGUUUAAAAACAAUCUCUAGUUUUUUACAGAUAAUUUUUCGGAACUUUGCUGUACAUAGGCGUUACGAGAUAAGCCGCUGUAUUUAUUUCGGAUAAUAAUAUGCGUCGGUUUAUUCGCGAUCAACGAAGCCGGGCGCGUCUGCUCGACUAUAUCAUGUGUAAUCGUAUUAUAUAAGCAAUCUAGUUUAUUACUAUUGUUGCCAAGCCUAGCUGGUGGUUUAAUGAUCUCAGCAAGAUGUAGCGAAUUCCAUGUCUGUAACGCGUUCGUAUUAAACGCAUGCACGUCGCACAAAUCGACGCGGCCGAAGCUUAAGGGCGAAUAAUCAACAAAGUAGAAUUACGCCUAUCUUUCAUAUCUUAAAUGCAAGGUCUUUUUAAGAUAAUCACCUUUUUGAGACUCGGCCACGUCGAGACACAAUCGCAUCCUUUUUCUAAAUAGAUUUAAGCUCGACACACGAUGUACAAAGUCCAAGAUUAUAACUUUAAUAAAUUUCAUCUUUUCGUCGACGGAUCGAUAUUUUUCCCAGCGACGGUAUUGCGCGCGAAAAAGUUGCUUGAAAUUUAUCAUCAUAUCAUUAAUAUCAUUAAUUAAUAAUUCCGAAUAGUUGUCAAGUAAAAUAAAAUUUGAGAAACAUUAUACAAC